AUGAAAAUUCAAGUAAAAGAAUCAACCAUUGUACGUCCUGCCCAAGACACACCAGAAAGAAGCUUAUGGGUCUCCAACCUUGACCUUUUGGUGCCAGUUGUAUACGUCAAAACAGUAUACUUCUACAAACCAAUUAAUGGCUGUUCAAAUUUUUUUGACCCUCGAGUGCUUAAGGAGGCUCUCAGCAAGGUUCUUGUGCCAUUCUACCCCAUGGCAGGGAGAUUGGAGAAGGAUGAAAAUGGUAGAAUGUCGGUGCUGUGUAACGCUAAAGGGGCUCUGUUCGUUGAGGCUGAAACAAGCUCUACUAUUGAUGAUUUGGGUGGUUUUACUCCUUGCUCUGAGAUGCUGCAGUUCAUUCCUGACAGUGAUCCUUCAAGCAUAUUUUCCAAUCCUCUUCUUCUGUUGCAGGUAACCUUUCUCAAAUGUGGAGGAGUAUGUCUUGGAGUUGGGUUGCAUCACAUCUUAGGAGAUGGACUUUCUGCUAUCAAUUUUAUAAACUCAUGGUCUGAAAUAGCUCGGGGCCUAUCUCUGACCACCCCACCCUUCAUCGAUCGUAGCUUGGUUGAUGCUAGAAUUCCACCUAUCCCUACCGUGCAUCACGUAGAAUAUGAUCCCCCUCCUACCUUGAACGCCACCUCCGUCGACGGCGGCGAAACUCCGAAAAUCAAACCAAGCCCUAAACCUACUUGCGCAAAGAUCCUAACCAUCACAUCUGAUCAGCUCCAAAACCUAAAAACCAAGUCUAGAAAAGACGCUGUUGAUAGUACUAUCAAGUAUAGCACGUUUGAAACCCUAGCAGCACAUAUUUGGAAAUGCACGUGCAAAGCACGUGGCAUCUCCAAGGACCAAGCAACAAAAUUACAUAUUCCAACAGACGGGCGAGCUAGGUUGAACCCACCAUUGCCAGCCGGAUACCUUGGCAAUGUUCUUUUUACAACAGCAGUUGUAGGUUCAUCUGGUGAGAUCCAAUCAAAACCAUUAGUGCACACCAUGGAAAAAAUCCAUGGAGCUCUGAAAAGAAUGGACGGAGAAUAUUUGAGAUCAGCCAUUGAUUAUUUGCAAGUGCAGCCUGAUUUAGAGGCUCUGAGGCGAGGGCCACACACAUUUGGGAGUCCAAAUAUGAAUAUUGUGAGUUGGAUGACCCUACCGGUAUACGAUGCUGAUUUUGGUUGGGGUCGACCUUUUUUCAUGGGGCCAGCGAUUGUUGCCUUUGAAGGCAUGGGAUACGUACUACGAAGUCCAAAUAAUGACGGGAGCUUGAGGAUAUUUAUUUGCUUAGAAAGCAAUCACAUGGAACUCUUGGAAAAGUUCUUUUACGAUUUCUAA